GGCGGGCAAGACGAUGGAGUGGAGAUGGAGGUCGUGCGGUCGGUGGUGAGGUUCGAGGAAGAAAGCUGCAGGACGGAUUAUGCCGGCGCCUUCGCCAAGCAACCACCCCAGCUUCAUCCCAUUGCAUCGACAUCACCAGCGUUCCCACCCGCCACGCCGACGACACAACUACCAUGUCUGCCCUACCGAGGACAAUUGCAUCGCGACUGCUCGCCCCCGCCCUGCGGCCCUCCGCGACGAGGGCCAUCGCCCCCUCCUUCCGCGCCUAUGCGACCAACGAGCCCACUCCCCACGGCCACAAGACGAGCUCCGAAGACGCGCCCGCCGUCAAGCUCACGAGCGAGUCAACUCAGAUCCGCGAGGAAAACGCCGCCGAGGGAAUGAGGCACCAGCCAGACUACAAUGUCGCCAUCGACUACCGGACUUCCAACUUUUCCCCGGUUCCCAAGCGUGUCAUGGACGGCAGCGAGCCCGGUGACAGUGUUGCCGCAGCCGUUCUUUCUGGUGCCCCAACCGAUCUCCAGGCGCGUACUGUUCGCAUCUACAAGCCCUCCAAGACAGCCACACAAUCCGGCGACUGGAACGCCUCGCACUGGCUGAUGGACUGGGACGUUCUUCCCAAGGGUCACCGAUGGGAGAACCCCCUCAUGGGCUGGCAGUCGUCUGCCGACUUUAUGAACGGCCACCGGAUACAGUUCAAGUCCAAGGAGGAUGCCAUCAAAUUCGCUAACAAGCAAGGCUACGAGUACUUUGUCCAGGAACCCAACAAGCGGAAGACUGCCCCCAAGGCAUAUGCCAACUUGUUCACUCACAGCCCAAAGAAGCUCAAGAUCAUAACGACCAAGUAAGAGUUGGAUUUGGUUAGGCGCGAAAUAGCAUGUGUACGUACUGCAUUGAAUUACAUUUUCAAGACAUUUUCCUCCUGAAUGU